AUGAACAGUUAUGGUAGUUUUGAUCUGAUGAACAGUUAUGGUGGUUGUGAUCUGAUGAACAAUUAUGGUAGUUGUGAUCUGAUGAACAGUUAUGGUAGUUGUGAUCUGAUGAACAGUUAUGGUAGUUGUGAUCUGAUGAACAGUUAUGGUAGUUGUGAUCUGAUGAACAGUUAUGGUAGUUGUGAUCUGAUGAACAGUUAUGGUAGUUGUGAACUGAUGAACAGUUAUGGUAGCUGUGAUCUGAUGAACAGUUAUAGUAGCUGUGAUCUGAUGAACAGUUAUGGUAGCUGUGAUCUGAUGAACAGUUAUGGUAGCUGUGAUCUGAUGAACAGUUAUGGUAGUUGUGAUCUGAUGAACAGUUAUGGUAGUUGUGAACUGAUGAACAGUUAUGGUAGCUGUGAUCUGAUGAACAGUUAUAGUAGCUGUGAUCUGAUGAACAGUUAUGGUAGCUGUGAUCUGAUGAACAGUUAUGGUAGUUGUGAUCUGAUGAACAGUUAUGGUAGUUGUGAUCUGAUGAACAGUUAUGGUAGUUGUGAUGUGACGAACAGUUAUGGUAGUUGUGAACUGAUGAACAGUUAUGGUAGCUGUGAUCUGAUGAACAGUUAUAGUAGCUGUGAUCUGAUGAACAGUUAUGGUAGCUGUGAUCUGAUGAACAGUUAUAGUAGCUGUGAUCUGAUGAACAAUUAUGGUAGUUGUGAUCUGAUGAACAGUUAUGGUAGUUGUGAUCUGAUGAACAGUUAUGGUAGUUGUGAUCUGAUGAACAGUUAG